UGGAACGUUUUUGUGUGCGAACUGUGUUGUGUUUGGAACAUUGCUUGACUUUUUGACUGCUGUUCCCUGUUUUGUGGUUCGAAGACAACGAUAAAAAUGCGGUGUCGACGCGGAUUAGCUAUAGGCGUUCUGCUUAUAUUACACAUGAGUGGCACUCUCAGUGACCAAUCAUCGAACGAGAGCGGCGGUGGCGGUGGAGGUGCUGGAUCUGAUACCAGCAGUGCUGCUGAGCCUUCAAGCGAUCAGCUAGCAAUGGAAUCUUCAGAACGAGACACCCCAAGCCACGCGUACAAUGGACCUCCUCCACCUGCACCCCCACCACACAAUCGCCGUCAAAACCCACCUCAUCAUCAGGCACAUCACCCGUUAGGCAUGCCGAGAAUCCCGAAUCAUCAUCAGAUCCAUUCAAAGCCAUUUGCUUUGGGACCUCCAGUGAACCACCACAAAAACGACGUCGGCCCUGGCUUCCGAGGGCCACCACCACCUCCAGCACCUCCCGCCGAUGCACAAACCGCAGCUAGCGACAAGGUUUUCAGUGGAGCUGGUGAUGUCUGGCCAGCACCUGCUCCCGAUAUGCCGAAGAUCGUGUCAUUAGACGUGAAGUGUGAGAAGAACGCAAUGAGAGUCUUCCUCAGUUUUGACAAACCAUUCUUUGGUAUUGUAUUCUCCAAGGGACACUACUCCAACCAUCAGUGCGUGCAUCUCCCACCCAACCUAGGCGCCCAUGCUUGUGGAACUGCUGGCAGCGGAGACCCGAGGUAUAGAGGAGACGUGGCGGCAGCUGGAACCUAUUUCGAAAACGUAAUUGUUAUUCAAUACGACCCACAAGUGCAGGAAGUAUGGGAUCAAGCUAGAAAGCUAAGGUGCACAUGGCACGACCAAUACGAAAAGGCAGUCACUUUCCGACCAUUCCCCGUUGAUAUGCUGGAUGUUGUGCGAGCUGACUUUGCUGGUGACAAUGUUGGUUGCUGGAUGCAAAUCCAGGUCGGCAAAGGACCUUGGGCUUCCGAAGUAUCUGGUCUGGUGAAGAUCGGACAGACUAUGACAAUGGUACUCGCAAUCAAGGACGAUGAUGCAAAGUUCGAUAUGUUAGUUCGAGAUUGUGUUGCUCACGACGGUCAACGCGCUCCUAUACAACUAGUCGAUAGGCGAGGCUGUGUUACCCGACCGAAACUAAUGUCAAGAUUCACGAAGAUCAAAAACUUCGGAGCCAGCGCUAGCGUAUUGUCAUAUGCUCACUUCCAGGCGUUCAAGUUCCCCGACUCAAUGGAAGUACACUUCCAGUGUACUAUUCAGAUUUGUAGAUACAGAUGCCCAGAACAGUGUUCAGAUGGAAAUCCCAAUGUGAUCGCUCCUCAUGCCGAGUAUGGACCACCACAGAUUGAUGCUUACCAACAAGUGGGUAUUGAAGCCAGACGUGAUGAGAGGAGAGUGAGGAGACAACGACGAGCAACAUCACCUGAGAAAGAAGUCGGUGUAAACAGAGUGA